AUGGCUAGCGAGCUUCGCACCGAGGGCACCUCUGUUGACAAGAAGAGGUCUGCCGAUAACAUUGUUAUCAGUACAGCUAGCAAUGGCGACAAUCGGGUUACCGAUAUUGGCGCUGGAGCCACAUCCAAGCUCGAACGAAACUUCAACGUCUGGUCACUGCUGUUCAUGUCGUUCUGCACCAGUGUAACGUGGGAAGCCGUAUCCUCUGCUGCCGCCCAGGCCUUGACGAGUGGUGGCAGCUCCAGCUUCGUUUGGGGGUUUGCCGCCUCAACCGUGGGAGCAUUCGCGGUGGGCUUAUGCAUCUCUGAGUACUCGAGCAUGAUUCCCACUGCUGGAGGCCAGCACCAUUAUGUUGCUGAGUUGGCGCCCGCCAAGUACCGAAGGGUUCUCUCUUGGUACACAGGUUGGGUUACUAUCUUCGGCUGGAUCUUCUGUGCCACCGCUGGUAUCUUUGCCACUGCCAUGCAGAUCCAGUCCUGGGCCAUCUUGUUCAGUGAGGGUUAUGUGUAUGAAAGGUGGCACACAUCUUUGAUCAAGCGCCUGCAUUAUAUGAUGUUUGUAGCCAUGUUUUGUCAUGUCGUUGGGUAUUUCGCUACCGCAAUUUAUUUACUGGUACAUGUGAAUCCCAAAAACACUGCCCAAUAUGUUUUUGCAGACUUCACAAAUCUCAGUGGUUGGGAGAGCCCCGGAAUUGCUUGGUCAAUUGGCCUGAUGAGCUCGGCGAUUGGUUUCGUUGGCUGGGAUAGUUCAGCUCACAUGGCCGAGGAAAUGGUCAACGUUUCAAGAGACCUGCCUAGAACUAUGAUUGCGAACAUCGGCGUCAGCGGAUUGGUGACAUUCCCUUGGGUCAUUGCAGUUGCGUUCUGUAUGACUGAUAUACAGGGAAUGGUAACUGGACCAGUCGGUACCAUCAGCCCCUUCGCCCAGCUGUACUACAAUGUGUCUGGAGGCAGUCAGGCAGUCACCAUUGGCAUGACUUGCAUCCUUCCAGUAAUGGGGUUUCUGGGAACCGGAGCCAGUGUCAUAUCAGCUACAUCUAGGAUCAUCUGGGCCUUCGCGAGAGAUGGUGCCCUUCCGCGCAGCUUGGCUGGGGUCGACGAUCGACAGAAAGUGCCCGUUCGCGCCCUGAUCGUAACAUGCGUGACAAUUUCAGCUCUCAGCUUGACAUACAUCGGAAACUCGACCGCGUACUACGGAAUCAGCUCGGCUUGCACAGUCAUGCUCUUGAUCUCAUACGGAAUACCCACUCUGAUCAACAGCCUGUGGGGGUUCAAGAACUGUUCUGUGCCAAGGGGGGUUUUCACGCUCGGACGUUGGCACCGCCCGAUUGCAAUCUUUGCCUCAGCUUGGGUCGGAUACCUUGUUAUUUUCUUCUGCUUCCCAACCACGCUGCCCAUUACGGCUGCGACCAUGAAUUACGCAGUAGUGUUCCUCGCUUUCUGGAUUGUUGUGGCUACAGCUACUUGGUUCAUGUAUGGAAAAUCAAAGUUCUCUGGACUCCCGUCUGAGAUCAUUGAUGAGUUGAACUAG